CGUCCGCGGAGGAGCCCGUUCCGGACGUGUCACCCACGUGGACUCACACCCCGCGUGGCCUUCCGUGUCCGGGUCCCUCCCUGAGCGCCGUGGGCUCGGGGUCCGUCCCGGGGCCGCACGUGUGGACACCUCGCUCCCGCGCGCGGCCGAGGCACGCUCCCGUGCGUGGGGGACACGCUGUGGGUAUCCGUUCGCCGGCUGAUGCCCGCGUGAGCAGGUGCCGCUUCCUGGCCCUUAGGAGCGCUGCUGCUGCGAACGUCUUGUGCAGGCGUGUGCUCAGUUCUCCGGGGCGCGGGGCCCGCCGUGGACAGACGCCUCCGGCGCGCCCCGCGUGCUAAUGCCUCCCCCGCCCGCAGGUGCCCGCGAGGAUGGUGGCGCGGCCCUAGGCCCAGGCUCCGCACCAUGACCUGCUGGCUGUGCGUCCUGAGCCUGCAGCUCCUGCUCCUGCCCGCCGCCCCGCCCCCGGCCGGCGGCUGCCCGGCCCGCUGCGAGUGCACGGUGCAGACGCGCGCCGUGGCCUGUGCCCGGCGCCGGCUGACGGCCGUGCCCGACGGCAUCCCGGCCGAGACGCGCCUGCUGGAGCUCAGCCGCAACCGCAUCCGCUGCCUGAACCCGGGCGACCUGGCCGCGCUGCCGCUGCUGGAGGAACUGGACCUGAGCGAGAACGUGAUCGCGCACGUGGAGCCGGGCGCCUUCGCCAACCUGCCGCGCCUGCGCGUCCUGCGCCUGCGCGGGAACCUGCUCAAGCUCAUCCCGCCCGGGGUCUUCACGCGCCUGGACAACCUCACGCUGCUGGACCUGAGCGAGAACAAGCUGGUCAUCCUCCUGGACUACACCUUCCAGGACCUGCGCAGCCUCCGCCAGCUGGAGGUGGGCGACAACCACCUGGUGUUCAUCUCGCGCCGGGCCUUCGCGGGGCUGCUGGCCCUCGAGGAGCUGACCCUCGAGCGCUGCAACCUCACGGCGCUGUCGGGAGAGUCUCUGGGCCACCUGCGGGGCCUGGGCGCCCUGCGGCUGCGGCACCUGGCCAUCGCCGCCCUGGAGGACCAGAAUUUCCGGAGGCUCCCGGGCCUGCUGCACCUGGAGAUCGACGACUGGCCGCUGCUGGAGGAGGUGGCCGCCGGCAGCCUGCAGGGUCUCAACCUGACCUCGCUGUCCGUCACGCACACCAACAUCACCGCCGUGCCGGCAGCCGCGCUCCGCCACCAGGCCCACCUCACCUGCCUCAACCUGUCCCACAACCCCAUCAGCACGGUGCCGCGCGGCUCCUUCCGCGACCUGGUCCGCCUGCGCGAGCUGCACCUGGCCGGCGCCCUGCUGGCCGUGGUGGAGCCGCAGGCCUUCCUGGGGCUGCGGCAGAUCCGCCUGCUCAACCUCUCCAACAACCUGCUGUCCACGCUGGAGGAGAGCACCUUCCACUCGGUCAACACGCUGGAGACGCUGCGCGUGGACGGGAACCCGCUGGCCUGCGACUGCCGCCUGCUCUGGAUCGUGCAGCGCCGGAAGACCCUCAACUUCGACGGGCGGCUGCCGGCCUGCGCCACCCCGGCCGAGGUCCGCGGCGACGCGCUGCGCACCCUGCCCGACUCGGUGCUCUUCGAGUACUUCGUGUGUCGCAAGCCCAAGAUCCGCGAGCGGCGGCUGCAGCGCGUCUCGGCCGCGGCGGGCGACGACGUGCGCCUCCAGUGCCGCGCCGAGGGCGAGCCGGCGCCCACCGUGGCCUGGGUGACGCCCCGGCACCGCGCCGUGCCCGCCGCCGGCGCGGGGCGCGCGCGCGUGCUGCCCGGGGGCACGCUGGAGAUCCGGGGCGCGCGCCCGCAGGACAGCGGCGCGUACACGUGCGUGGCCAGCAACGCGGGCGGCAACGACACGUACUUCGCCACGCUGACCGUGCAGCCCGAGCCGGCCGCCGACCGCAGCGCGAGCGAGGGCCGCAACGAGACGCAGGCGGCCGCCCGCUUCCCGCUGGACCUCACCACCAUCCUGGUGUCCACCGCCAUGGGCUGCAUCACCUUCCUGGGCGUCGUCCUCUUCUGCUUCCUGCUGCUCUUCGUGUGGAGCCGCGGCCGCGGGCAGCACAAAAGCAGUUUCUCGGUGGAGUACUCCUUCCGCAAGGUGGACGGGCCGGCCGCGGCCGCCGGGCAGGGCGGCGCCCGCAAGUUCACCAUGAAGAUGAUCUGACGGCGCGGGCCCAGCGCCCGCCGCCCGCCCGCCCGCCCGCCCGACGACCACCUAUGCAUUUCCCGACGCGGCCCCGCGGCCGCCUCCCGGCAGAACUGCCCCCUUUUUUGGUAGAGACACGACCACAGGACUGUUUUUUCAUCAGGACUCACGUUUUGCAUAGUUUCUCAAGCAUUUUCUAAAGGUUUCACCCUGUCUUCCUGCCCCUGCUGUGGUCCCUGAGCUGGGGGGGCGGGGGGGGGGCGGAGCUCGGAGACCCCAGAGCCCUCACUGUGGGUGGUUCACACCCCAGGGCGGGGCAGGGGGGGUGGCACACACAGCAGCUGCCCCAGGGUCCCCCAACACCUCUCACACCUUAAGGGACGAUCGCCCACAUCCAGGACGUGGGGGGCUGCCCAGCCCCCAGGGGAGGCACACCUGGACGCCCCACACCUCUCAUCAAGCACACAGGUGUUCAACCCAGGACACACUCUUGGACACACAGCUCCAAAACAGGACGCACACACACCUCUACCCAGCUGACCAUAAACAGGUGCCCCAGGCUGCAGAGCCCACCUCGGGCACACAGGGCUCUCGUGAGAGCACAACGCACACCUGGGACAUACCCUACUCACACUCAGGACACACCCAGCUCACACCUGGGACACACACAUACCACACUUGAGACACACACAGCUCCCAGCCAGGACAUGCUCAGCUCACACCCAAACACGCAGUUCACACUCGAGACACACACAGCUUAGACCCAGCUGACGCUAAACGUGUGCCCCAGGCUGCAGAGCCCGCUGUGGGGACCCAGGGCUCUCCUGAGAGCCCAACUCACGCCUGGGACAAACAGCUCACACUUGGGACGUGCACAGAUCAUGCCUGAGACACACUCAGCUCCCACCCAGCUCCUGCUCAGCUGGCCGUCUCUGGGGGAACCUCUGGGGCUGCACUAAGGUCUUGCAGAGCAGGUACUGCCCAGCACACGGCAUGCUAGCCCAUGCCCCUGCCCCCAGACUCUCCCCCACGCCAGGACUCACUGGCCCAGCAGGGCGGGCUGCCCACUAGGAGAAGCCAUCUCCCCCGCUUCCUCUGCCACCACCAAUAGCUACCGUUUGCUUCCUCUGCCCACGCCCCUGGGACCCGCUGCACAUGUGGAGAAUGAGGCCUGAGAGUGUGGCAGGUUCUCGGGGUCCCCGUUCAGUGCAUUACAGGGGCAACAAUGGAGAACAAGGCCAGGACAGGGUGCAGGCUGCAGGGGGAUCUGGACCUGCGUUCUUGGGAGAAGAUGGUAGGCACACCUCGGUCUCUGCCGCUUUGGGGCAGAGCUAGGGCUGGGGAGUAAGGGAGCACAGGCGGACGGAAGCUAAGGUUAAGAAAGAACUUCCCCAUCAAAAACUAAUGAUUGUGGUGAUUAACAUAACAAUAAAAAUUUUUUUUAAAAAGGAAGAACUUGGGCGCCUGGGUGGCUCAGUUGGUUAAACGACUGCCUUCGGCUCAGGUCAUGAUCCUGGAGUCCCGGGAUCGAGUCCCGCAUCGGGCUCCCUGCUCGGCAGGGAGCCUGCUUCUCCCUCUGACCCUCCCCCCUCUCAUGUGCUCUCUGUCUCUCUCAUUCUCUCUGUCUCAAAUAAAUAAAUAAAUAAAUAAAAUCUUUAAAAAUAAUAAUAAUAAAAUAAAAAAAAUAAAAAGGAAGAACUUCCCCAAGGUCACUGCCCUGUGACUCUUCAGAUAGUGAGUGAGUUCCCCAUCACUGGGGGUAAGCAACAGGAGCUGACGUUUUACAGAAGUCUUCAGACACCACACAGCAUCCAUCCAUGACCCUGCCUCUCCCAGGCGGUUUAUUGCCCCCACCCUCCACCUGGGCCAGAUGACAGGGCGUCGUUGGAGGAAGGGGCACAGGAAACGUGGUGGGACCCCUAGACCAGAGAGGAGCUUGGCCACCCACCAGGCAGUUACGACAGUAUUCUUAAGGACCUUGUAGGAAGGCUGAAAACCAGGUCUGUUCCUGCCCAGGUGUGCAGUUAUAGCUGAUGACUGAGUACCACCUGGACCACUGGGGUCCUCGUCUGUAGCGUAGGUCUGAGGUCAAAUCCACCGCUGCAUGUAUAUAUGAGGCCAAGUCCAUGGACGGGCUUGAUGGUUGACCUGGAUCCCGGAUCCUUCAAGACCUUUCUGAGAUGAGCCCGAGAGAAGGCUGGGCCAACCCUGGAGGUUUUGAGCACAGGAUUCAGACAGAACUCUGAAGGGGGUGCCAGCCCUUCUCCCCGGACUGUGUGGCUGGAAACGUCGGGAGGCCCUGGUCCUGCUCCCACCUGCUUCAACGCCACUCGGGGUGAGGCAUAGCGACAGCCGAAGGGGUGUCCUGCGACCCCAAACUCCACCCGAGUUGGGCAGAACCGAAUGGUUUUCUCCCUUCACAUCCUCCUGACCUUGGUUGCCAUAACAACCCCUAAGGCCCCUCAAAAUGACAUCCAAGUGCCUUUAGCAUCAUCAACGAUGGGAGGGGUGUGUUCUCAGCAGCGUCAGGACUCGCAGAACGGCAGCGUAUUGGGAUCUCCCGCCCCCUCUGCUCACCCCCCAUCCCAACAUGAACCAAGACCCCCUCCAGCGCCCCCAGCCCCCUCCUGUUGUAUUUGGUUGGAAUCCAAUAAAAAUGAAGCUGAUUUAAUAACGGACUUAAGGGUUGUUGGUUUUUUUGUUUUUGUAAUUCUCAUGGGAGGAAUGGGGGCAGGAAGGAGUGGCUGCUGGGGUCCCCAGGGGGAGCCGUCUGGUUCCAGCCCCGAAGCUGGCCCUGUGUCACGGGGCGCUUGUGGAGACAGAAGGACUUGCGGUGAUGACAUUACAGGUCUUGCUUCGGGAGCACCCAUGCUGUUCCCGGUGCUGUUCCCCAGCUGCCGGUAUUAACUCCUUUGGGGCAGGUAAGAGCCCUGAGAGCUGGGUCCUUUUAGGAUCUCACUUUACAGAUGGGCCAAGGGGAAGUCAGGGGGUGGAGGGCAUUUGCCCAGAGUCCCCAGCUGGGGGAAGAAGGGGUGCUCCCCGCUGUGCUUCCUCCCUCCAGGCUGGGGGGUCUCCCCUCUUCUGAGUGGGUACCAGCAGUCUCUGCUUCUGGGGGCUCGGAAAAAAAGCAGGCAGCUUAAAAAAAAAAAGAUUUAUUUGUUUGUUUAUUUGUUAUUUGAAUCAUCUCUACCCCCAACGUGGGGCUUGAACUCACAACCCCAAGAUCAAGAGUCACAUGCUCUUCUGACUGAGCCGGCCGGGGGCCCCCUAAGAGCAGGCAGCUUUUAGGGGCCCCUGGGUGGCUCAGUGGGCUGAGCCUCCGACUCUUGGUUGCGGCUCCGGUUGUGAUCGCAGGGUCGUGGGAUCGAGCCCCAUGUCGGGCUCCCUGCUCAGCGCAGAGUCGGCUUGGGAUUCUCUCUCUCCCGGAGUCUCCCUCUGGCCCUCCCUUACUCAGGGGCACGCACUCUCUCUCUCAGCUUUUAAACAAAGCACUUUGUCCGCCCUUCCUGGAAGGAGGUAGGUGGAGUCAGAGCGGUCAGCAGACCCCAGCCCCGGGCAAGGUGGCCAAGGGUGGCGUCUCCCGUGCUGCUCAGCGCCUCUCUGCGGGCCUCGGGGUCCCCGUCUGAAGAGUGUCCUUUCCCGCCCUGCAGGAGACAGCAGUGGGACGGGGACGUGUCCGGCUGUGGGGUGACCCCUCCGUGCCUGAUUUCAAAGAAGCCGCCAGGCGAGGAUGCCGGCCUCGGGCAAGGGUGCCGGCCCGGGGAGCCUCCUUCCCCUGGUCCUCCCACAGCAAAGGGAGGAGAAACCCGCCCCUCGGCAGGGGCUGCCCGGCUCCCUGGUUCCAACCGGGAGCGAAACCCAGGAUUUCCUGAGUCCCGUCUCGGUCUUGGGGUGAGGCUGAGGGGUCCUCCUUCCAAGGCCCAGCUGAACAGGGACCCAAACCAAGGAGGGGCCGCUCUCAGGGUGUCUGUGGGGUCCCCCCGGAACACAGGACAGCACGCCUGGGCCCGGGAGGAGGGCGCUGAAUAUCCCUGCCUUGACUUACCCUCCCAGAUGGAGCUGGAAUGGUGUGCAGCUUCCUCCAGGGCACCCACAGUCCUCGCGUCUCUGAGCCCCAUCUUCCCGGCACAGACUCUCUCUUCCAGGCCCUUCCAGGCAGUGCCCCCCCCCCGAGACCCCGAGCCGUGCACAGGGACGCCCCAUAACGAAACUGAAAUUUAUUAGUUGACAGUUCUGGAGCUCAAAAGUCUAAAAUGUGUCAGCAGGGCUGGUCCCCCCCGGGGCCCCUGGGAGACCUGGCUCCUGCCUUUUCCUGGCCCGCAGACCCCCCUCCAUCCUCAUCCCCAGCAGCGCGGGGUCUGCCCAUCUCCGGGACUCCCACCCUCU